AUGAUCAACAAGGUCUUGGUGGCCUUUUCUCCUCCUGGACCCCAUUUCUCACUUGUGACCCCCGCAGACCUCAACAUCCUCUCCCUGCUCACCAAAACCCCGCAGGGCAAGUUCAACGACCGCAGACCACGCCUAGACCCACUCAUCCUCGAAACAGCAGCACUCAGCAGCCCAGCCCAAACCAGAAACCACUACCUCCACUCCUACCACGCCCAACACCAGCCACAGCAGAAGCAACACCACCAGUGCGAGGCCCGGACGCGGAUCCCGACGGGCGAGGGCCAGCUCUGGCUGCACCUGUACACCAACAGCCUCGACGCCAAGGAGCACCUCGCCUUUGUGAUCGACCAGGCCCAGAUGCACGCCUACCCCGCCGCCCCCGCCGACGCCCGUUGGAUCCGCUCGCGCAGCCUGGACGCCGUCUGGGGCCCGGAGGAGACGGAGACCGAGCGGCUGGUCCGGGGGGCCUACCCACAAGAGGAUGACGAAGAGGAGGAGAAGCCGAUCGUCCGGAUCCACAGCGAAUGCUUCACCGGCGAGACGAUCGGCUCGCAGCGCUGCGACUGCGGCGAACAGCUGGCCGACUCCCUCCGCCACAUCUUCACCACGCCGCCCUACCGGGGCGCAGUGAUCUACCUGCGCCAGGAGGGAAGGGGGAUCGGCCUGCUCAACAAGAUCAAGGCCUACAACCUCCAGGAGCUCGGCUUCGACACGCUCGAGUCCAACCUCCUGCUCGGCUUCGGCCCCGACCUGCGCGACUACAGCGUCGCCGCCCGGAUCCUCGAGGACCUCGACCUGCGCGACAUCCGUCUGAUGACCAACAACCCCGGCAAGAUCGAGGCCCUCACCCGCUCCAGCCAUGACCCCAUCAUCCACGUCCGCGAACGCAUCCCCAUGGUCCCGAGCCACUGGCGUGCCGCUGCUGGCCCCGGCGCAGGCGCGUCGUCCCCGGAGGCGUUCGCCAGGAUGUCCCGGGCCUGCCAGCACCAGGGAGAGCCCCUCGUCGAUCCAACCACUCAUCCCCAGGAGAAGCCAGCCGCGGCCCGGCCUGGGAGCGAGCUGGACAUCUAUCUGCGCACCAAGGUCACCCGCAUGCCGGGGGGCCCAGGCUGCCAGCCAAGUGCCGCCCCGCCGGGAGCCGAGGAAGCGGCCAGCAACCACCAGAAAGUCAAGAUGGCCGACCAGCAGCAGCUGUCCCUCCUCGAACUGCUCCACCUCAACUUCACCCCCAAGCCCACACUCCAGCCAGCAGAGUAA